AUCUGCCGACGCCUGCGGACCGGCCGACAUGGCGGCGGCGGCGGCGGCGGCGGCGGCGGCGGCGGUGGCGGCGCUGGCGCGGCUCGCGGCGGCCUUCCUGCUCCUCGCGGCCCAGGUGGCCUGUGAGUACGGCAUGGUGCACGUGGUCUCCGAGUCAGGGGGCCCCAGAGGCAAGGACUACUGCAUUCUCUACAACCCUCAGUGGGCCCACCUGCCCCACGACCUGAGCAAAGCGUCCCUCCUGCAGCUGCGGGACUGGACGGCCUCUGUGCUCUGCUCUCCGCCUGACCUCCCGGCCAAAGGCUUCAGCAACCAGAUCCCGCUGGUGGCGCGGGGAAACUGCACCUUCUACGAGAAAGUGCGGCUGGCCCAGGGCGGCGGGGCGCGCGGACUGCUCAUCGUCAGCAGGGAGACACUGGUCCCUCCAGGAGGCAACAAGACACAGUACGAGGAGAUCGGCAUUCCCGUGGCCCUGCUCAGCUACAAAGACAUGCUAGACAUUUUCAAGAGUUUUGGCCGAUCGGCGAGGGCAGCGCUGUAUGCCCCCAACGAGCCCAUGCUUGACUACAACAUGGUCAUCAUCUUCGUCAUGGCCGUCGGCACCGUCGCCCUCGGGGGCUACUGGGCCGGGAGCCGGGACGUGAGGAAAAGGUCCAUGAAACACAAGCGGGAUGACGGGCCCGAGAAGCGGGAGGACGAGGCCGUGGACGUGACGCCCGUCAUGAUCUGUGUCUUCGUGGUCAUGUGCUGCUCCAUGCUGGUGUUGCUGUACUUCUUCUACGACCAGCUCGUCUAUGUGAUCAUAGGGAUCUUCUGCCUGUCCUCCUCCACGGGCCUCUACAGCUGCCUGUCUCCACUGGUCCAGAGGCUGCCGUUCGGCAGAUGUAGGGUCCCCGACAACAGCCUGCCCUACUUCCACAAGCGGCCUCGGGUCGGCAUGCUGCUCCUGGCGCUGCUCUGCUUGGCCGUCAGCGUGGUGUGGGGUGUCUUCCGGAACGAGGACCAGUGGGCCUGGAUCCUUCAGGACGCACUGGGCGUCGCCUUCUGCCUCUACAUGUUGAAAACCAUCCGCCUCCCCACUUUCAAGGGCUUAAGGAUCAGCCGCAGGAUCGCCUCCCAGUGUGGCGGCCACGCCAGUGACAGCUUGGCGCUGAGGAUUCCCCGGGUGGGGCCGCAAGGCGGCCGCAGGGCAGGGCCCUUCCCGAGGCGGCCACCGUGGCGGUGCCGGGUCAACUUCCUGCUGGCCUGCACGCUGCUGCUGCUGGUGCUCUUUGUCUACGACGUCUUCUUUGUGUUCAUCACGCCCUUUCUGACCAAGAGUGGGAACAGCAUCAUGGUGGAGGUGGCAACCGGGCCCUCGGACUCGGCCACCCACGAGAAGCUCCCCAUGGUCCUGAAGGUGCCCCGACUGAACGCCUCGCCGCUGGCCCUGUGUGACCGGCCCUUCUCCCUCCUGGGCUUCGGGGACAUCCUGGUGCCAGGGCUGCUCGUGGCCUACUGCCACAGGUUCGACAUCCAGGUGCAGUCGUCCAGGGUCUACUUUGUAGCCUGCACCGUGGAACCGACCUGUCCUGUGGAGCCCGAUUGCUUUGAGAGUUUUCCAGACCGGCCGGCCUGCUCACCUCUGGUCAGCCCUUCCGGAGGAGCAGCGAGCCUGCCCGAUGGCGCCUGUCCGUGUGCAUGCGUGUCCCCCGCCAUGGGGGAGCCAGGCUGGGGGAGGGGCUGCCUGACGACUCCCUCCCCCGCGUCGUGGGCCGCGCGCACAGGCCCCGGCAGCCCACCCCGGCAGAGGCGAGGCCCUGUAAAUGCCCCUGGGAGCACCAGGACGACCGGGGCUGACCUUCCGGGCGUACCUUGGGGUCGCCUGUGUCUUCCCACCCCGGUUGCUACGGCUGCAGGCACGCCCCCUCGUCCCCUUUGCCGGCCCUAAACCUUCCCUUGGGCUUUACACACCACACUCAUCCUUCAGGUACCGUUGCAAGGGCUUUGUGUGUGUGAGCCGCUUGGCCGGCUUGUGUGUGUGGUUCCUUGUCGAGCCUGCGGACCUUGCGGGCAGCGGGCGCCUUUCUCCUCCGCAGCCGCAGCCGCAGCCCGCUCCCGUGGACCGCCGGUAAGUGACGCACAGCUCUCCCCGGAGGUGAGGACCGCCGAGCGAGCCGCGAUCUCGGAGGAGGUUACUGUAGCCUAACUCCUCGAGGAGACGGUUGCGGAUUUACCGCUGCAGGAUUAGCGCAAAGAGCGCCUGCACGCCGGCCCUCGGGUCCAGCAGCGUGUGCGUGCGUGACUGUGUGUGCAAGUACGUGUGUGUGCGUGCGCAAACGCGCGUCCUUCUAUGCUGGCGCUCACGUAUGGAACCGACGUGCGGGAUUUAUUCGGACCUUCGCCCCUCGGGGCUCCGUCGGGUAUCUCAUGAGAAUGGAAACAGCCUUUCGAACGAUCACAGCUUGUUACGAACAUUUGCUUUUGUAACUUUGUGCGGACGUUACUCUUCUCCAGAAUUCUCUUCCUAGCCAGAGGCUGAGCAGACAGGUGCUCAGGCAGUUAACGGGCCUUUCUCUCACUGCCCCUGUGGCUCCAGACCCGGGGCUCAGCCAUGGAGCCUUGCUCAUUCCCGCCUUCUCGCUGGCGCCCGGUGGGACCGGGCAGGGGUGUGUGUGCCGGAAGACGCAGGCGCAUCCGUGCGCAGGCAGGCAGCCCCCUGCCUGCCCCGGGUGCCCCAUGCGCUACCGUGUGGCGGGCGCCCCGCCUCUCCGGUCCCCGUUCCGGCAUCCCGGCCGCAGGCGGGUGCUGGGCCGCGGGGCCACCCGUGGGGGUAACACGCCGCCCGUCUCUCC